CCCGGCUGCAUGAACGAGUCUCGAUUCACUACAAGCCCGAACUUCUACGGCGCGUCUGUGCCAUACCUCCAGUGAGUGCACAGCACAGUGUGCAACAGCAGCAGCAUAGGAUGUAAUCAAUCCCACAUGUUUCAUCUCUGCGACUCGGGGAUUUUCACUUUGCUUGAUUUUUUUGUGCUUCUUCUGUAUUCUUCUUUUUCAUACAACACCAUUCGCCAAACAAGGGAUAUAACUUAACAGAGAUGACGGGGACUCACUUUCCACCCUGCCAAGCCAAAACUCCGCUCAAUUCGAGCGGAUCCCGAAGUUCAUAAAGGGGAUUAUUUGCAUCUGGGCGCCUGAGACCUUCGGUGCCUUCGGAUUUUACUUCGGAUUUGGGAUUUAUCGCUUCUCGCCCGGAUGGAAAGCCGUGAUUUCGCUCCACCGCACCACCUCCUGACGGAGCGGAGCGCGCUGGUUCACAGCGCCGCGUCUCGGAUGGCGACAGGCGGCCACGGCUCCGUGCAGCACCCGGCGCACUUCCAGCCGGGCAAGUAUUACUCAUCCCAUCUCUCCAUGGCUCCGCACUCAGGUGCUUCCUUUAUGGGUUCCUUCCUGUCCAGCAGUUUGGGGUCACCGGCCGCCCACCCGCCUCACCCCUCGGGACCCGUUUCCUCCCCAUCCUCUCCAUCGUACAGGAGCGGACCCCAUUCCAACGCCUCCCCUAUCUGGUUCCCUCAUUCGCACGAAGGGUACCCCAGCUAUUCAGGAAGUCUUGCCUCCCCUUUUCUUCCCAUGAGUCCCUUGGAUCCCCAUAACAACAGUCUUUAUGGACAGCAUCGCUUCUUUGAAACUCAAAAAGACCACUUCUACCUGAGAGGCCUUCCUACCCAGCCCCCUCUGCUGUCCACCAAUCACAGCCUUCCCCCACUGACCAGAACCGGUUCCGGGCACUCGCUCAGCUCCUGCAGCCGAGAAACGACUAGUGCGGGAGGAAGUGGCAAGAGCACCAGGGACUCGGGCGAGAAAGUUGUUGCAUCGUUGUCGAAAGAGAAAGAAAGGUCGAGCAGUAAGGAGCGCCACCAGGAACACAAAGACAAACACCAGCAGACAAGCCCUGCUGCCACUCCAUCAAGCUUUCAUCACAAAGCCUACCCGCAUGCACCGCAUGCUCCCCAGCUUCACCUUACGCCCCAAAGCAGGGAGGAGGAUUCCAGACACCCUCUGGAGCGACACAAGGAGCACAGAGACAGUGACAGCCAGGGAGGAGGGAAACAUUUGAGUGCCUGUAAACUUUCUAGUGUUUCCGGUGCAGAGACUGGCUCAUCUGAGAAAGGGAGCACAUUAAGCAGCUGUAGUGGGGGCGGAGCUGGUAGAACUCCUUCUGGAGGCAGUAGGCGUUGCCAUAGAGAACCCAUAAACGGGGAUAUGAGGAUCAGUGACUCUUCAACUGCCUCCUCGGAAUGUAUAAGAAGAGGUGCGGCCGCAGCCACAGCUAUCUUGGCACCCACUCAUUCUGUGGCUUCCUACUCAAUGCCUCCUCCACCUCCGCCACCCCCGCCUCAUACCUUGCACAUGGGCUCAGCAGUAGUAGGAAGCUGGCUUCACCCACAUCACCAUCCGCAUCCUGAGUUUUACUGCCCUCCAGCACCUCUUACCAUCGUACCUUCCAAAGAUCCGCUUUCCGCCGGGUCUAGCAGGGAGGCAAAAAUCAUAGGCCCGACAUUUGUCCCCUCUGCUGGUCCGCUGGGAGAUCUGGCAACCCCCGAGUGUCGUGUCGCGGGAUCUGGUAGUAAAAAAGGGGAGGACAGGAAUGGAGAUGGAUCUUAUGAAAGCCCCUCUCAGCACCUCAGUCGCCUUAGCAGUUGCCAGAAGAAAGACAAAUCCCAAACACAUAUGCAGCAGCUGGGAUAUGGCAAGGCUGACAAACCUCCCGACUGGAGCCAACAAACACAGCACUUCCAAAAACACAAUCCCAAUGCGAGCUCUCAGCCGGAGCUGCGAUCCUGCAGCCUGGAAACAACCUCAUCUCUCAGAGAUGUGGAGCUUGUGGAGGAUGUUUACCGACCCUCACUUCCACCAGAUACCCAGGGGACGUACCUUGGGGCCGGACGGUGGUCCACAUCCAAGAAUGGCUCUCCACCUUUUAAGGACUGUUCUCAAUCCGGAUCUGACGGAAGAGUAGGGGCUGCGGUUCAGAGGGAGGGACAGAAGGUGGCAAGGAUACGACACCAGCAGCACAACAGCCACAGCACUGAUGAAAAGGGCAGAGACAGUUGUCAAGGGACAACACCUUGUGGUGCUCGAAGAGGGCAACAGGAAGACCAGAGAAAUGAGUCCCGUUAUACAUCUGCUAGCAAUAGUGACGUAAGGGCCACCCCAGGCCCUAACAAAGACAACAACCAGUCAACUUCAGGAGAGGGCAAUGCCAUGAAGAACUUGAUGAACUACAGCUCCCAGCAGCCUCUACUACUGCCCCAGCGGAGCCCCUUUGGAGGCUUGGGCUGCCUCAAGCAGGGCGGAGAGAGAUCAGAGAAGGGGGAAAGAGGCGGAGGCAGAAACAGCUCCUUACAAGACCCACCCAAACAGUCGCUCCCUCCUCGCAGAGGCUCCUCUAACGAGGGAGAGAAGGGCGACAAAGGUGGGAGGGAGGCCGGGGAAGCGGGAGAAGGGGAGGUAAGGCAGCCUCCGGUGGGUAUUGCAGUAGCCGUGGCCAGGCCCCCCCAUCGUUCUCCAGACGACACCCCUGGACACAGCAGACAGAGUAGAGUGCUGCCCAGCAUGAAAGGAGUGUCCCGACCCGUGUAUCCACUUGGCCGUGAGGCAGAGGAAAGGAAGAGGAUGACAGAGGAUCAGAUCAGUGUUCAUCACCUGGACAGGGACAGAGAAUUGAUCAUUAGGGACAAUAAGGAUCGAAUGGAGUUUGCUAGGAUCCACCCAUCAAGUAGUUGCCAUGGUGACUUGACCUCUCACCUUUUGGUGCCUGGAGGCGCAAGCCAGUUGGGGACAGACGCUGCCACACACGCUCACCAUUGGAUGCAGAGAACAGGAAGUCCUUCCCUCUGGAUGGGACAUUCAUAUAUGGGAAUGAGUGCCAGCUUCCCCCCAGGUUUACCCAGCCCUCUUCAGCCUGUGCUUGGCUCACUCACCCAAGACCCCAGCUCGCCGCUGAUGGUUCUUCCCACAGAGCCUGGGCCUCAUCAUCACCUUGACGUUUUAGAACAGUCAGGUCUGUGGCCUCCGGUCUACGGUGGUCGUGGCCCGCCCCCUCACCUACAGCACCACCCCGUCUACUCUCGAUCCUCAUUUCUACGGCAACAGGAGCUCUACGCGCUACAACAGCAAAGGGCAUUGGAACAUUUGCAACGUCAUUCCUUAGGACAGCGAAAACAUGACGAGCACGCCGCUCUAAUCGAAGACUCUCCAACAGCGUCGAGAACGCCUUCAUCAUCCUCCUCUUCCACCUCGUCCUCUCAUGUGACCAAGCCCUUCUCGCACACGCCUCCCCCACCAAAGACAUCCACUGCGUCACCGGGGCUGUGUCCCACCAGUCGUCAGUCUCCCUGCUAUCAUUCCCCCUCCAGGCGAAACCACCCGCCCAAUCCUUUGACCCCUGCCCCAAGCCCGGCUGCGGCUGCCCCUCGCUCUCCGGCACUCAGCCCUGCUCCGUCGCUUCUACCCAAAGGUCUGGAGAGGACCAGUGACCGGGGAGAGGGGCAGCCACCUCACGACUUCCCAGAAUCCCUAGAGCCCGACUUGCCACCUGUUUACGCCUUCCCACCACUCUCCAUGGGAUUCAAGGCUGGACCCUCGCCGCCAGAGGCCCGCUUGGCUGAGCAAGCCUCACAGGAAGCAGAGCCGGCGGAGCCUGACUCAAAGUCUCUCCAGCCUCUGCCCCACGUCCCUCCUCUCACUAAAGAUGAGACCAGGAGGAAAGAAGAAGAAGAGGAGGAGGGAGACUGUGAAGUGGUGGAAUCCCACAGUGGACCCCCAGAAGAAAAGAAGAGUCAAGAGGAUGGAUGCUCUGUUCCGGAUCAUGAAAAGACUACUUCUGGCCUGCUGCCUUGCCCUUCCCAAUCUUCUGUCCCGGAUCCAACCAGCCCUGCCGCGGCCGCGAGCAAAGCCCCAAAGCAAGCUGAGAUAUCCAAAGACGAUGAGGUUGAGAAGGAAUGCGGAAAAGAGGAGCUCCCAGGCAAAAAAAUGGAGUGUGAACCAUUCAACUCCACUGCACAAGAGAGAGAAGAGGAGGAAGAGGAAACAAAUCAACAUGAAGAAUUGGUCGUCGACGGUGAAGAAGAAGCGAUUGAAAGAACUGGAGAUGACCAGGAAGGAUCUCGAGCCAACUCGCCAUGCUCAGAUGGGCUUCCCUCUAUUUCUGGAAGUAUGGCAGCCCAGCAGGAAGGUGCCUAUAUGUGGAGUUUGGAACUUCUCAUUGCCGCCGCCCUGUGCGCCACCCGAGAUGCCUUGCAAGCAUCGGUACCCGUGCCCCGGCCUCCUAGUCCCAUGGUCCAUCAUGGUAUGGAGAUUCUUGGAGAACUGGCUGAGCUAGAGAUACAGCAGAGGAGUCUGGAGGGCAAAGAGAACCAAGACGAAGGUGAGCGCAUGCUGACCUUUGACCUGCACAGUCUGGCGACGCUGGCGGCCGCCCGGGCCUUGGAGAUGAGGGGCGAGGUGCCUCGCGAUGGCGCUGAGCAAGAGUGUCCAAUUAGGAGAAGGCUGAAUUUGCGCAGGAAGUGCAGCUGGACGCCUCGUCAUGAGCCGGUGUGUCCAGUGAAGGGCUCCAUGGAGACGAUGGGAGGGGAGGAGCUGGCCAUGCGUGUCCAGCUGGCUGAGCUACAGCGCCGCUACAAAGAGAAACAGAGAGAAUUGGCCAAGCUUCAGAGGAAACACGACCACCAGAAGGAGGAAACGUCUCGUAGCCCUGCCCGCAGGGGGCCAGGACGGCCCCGCAAGCGCAAGUCCACCCCCGGCGCGCAAGCUCCAGACUCCGCCAAAAGACUCAGGGCUGGUGUUAAUUUACAGGAUGAAGAAAGAGUCAGUAAGAAGCAUGACUUCAGCAGACUCAGCGCCACACGGUUAAAAGCUGGCUGUAAGCACAGAGGUCGGCCCAGUGCUUUGAGUUCCAGGCUGGCCAAGCGGGUGAGCCAGCUGAAGGAGAAGGCCGCGGCCCAGCGUGCCGCGCCAUCAGUGGGCAUGCUGCGCUGCAGAGUAGCCACCGAAGCAGAAGAGGGGCCAAAGAGUCACUUUGGACACGCAGGAGCAGACUCACAACAGGAAUGGGAGGCCAGUCAGACCGUUAAAAGAAAGAGGGGUCGCAAACCAAAGGCGUUGAUCAGCUUCGACCCAAGCAGAGCUGCUAGCUCGAAUCGUGCCACCGAGAAACAGGAAAGCAGGGAAGGGAGUGACAGCGAGAGUUCGGGACAUGAGGAUGAGGAGGACUGUAGCUGCAACAGUGAUGAGGGAGCCUGCGACAUCAGAAUUAGCUCAUCCGGCAAAGAAGCUCCUUCAAACUCUUUUUCGGCCCAGUCGUCUAAACUGCACUCAGCCCAGAAAAUCUCUAAUAAUAAACCAGGACUUCCAGGAAGCAUAGCCGUCGCGGACCAGAGAAAGGCCCACAGGAAGCAGUGCCUAGCCAAGUGCAAAAGUGAACAUCGCGGAUUGAGAAGAGCUUCUCUUCCCGGCUGGGUGGCCUCUGCAGCGGGCUGCGCUUUUGGGGACGGCCGGGGAAGCCACGCACCUCUGCUAGAAGAUAACAGGAAUUGCAAGGAAGCCAUGAGGAGAGACUCAGCAUUGCACAGUAAUGCUGGAAAGGCUCAGGGUCACGCAGUCAGCCGACUCCUGCAGAGCUUCACCGCAGACGACGGCUUUCGCUUGGAUGAAGACAGCAGCUUCUCUGAGGGUGAGGAAGAGGAUGAGGAAGAGGAAAGCAAACAGACCACAGUGCACCUUCCUCCCAAAAUGCCUUGCAAAAUACCCGCCUUGCCCAAUUGCGUGCUGAGUAAAGAGAUGCUAGUUGACGGAUUGAAGAUUUUGAUAUCUAAGGAAGACGAAUUGCUCUACGCCGCCCUUGUCCAGACUCUGGAUCUUCCUGAUAUAUUUAGUGUCGUCAUUGAAGGGGAGCGCGGGAAUCGCCCCCGGAUCUAUUCACUGGAGCAAAUCCUGCAGGAAGCUGUUCUGGACGUCCGGCCCCAGACUGAGUCCAUCCUGAUGGCAGGGACGCGAGUUUGUGCCUACUGGAGCGAGCGCUCACGGUGUCUUUACCCCGGUUAUGUCCACCGAGGGGGUGCAAGUGAAGAAAAGGAAGGAAGCGUAAUGGUGGAGUUUGAUGAUGGGGAUAGAGGACGGAUCACACUCGCUAAUAUUAGACUUCUGCCACCUGGAUACCAAAUCUGCUGUGCGGAACCGUCCCCUGCGCUUCUAAUGACACCGGGCCGGCGAUGUCGACGUAGCUCUACACAGGAGAAGAAAGACACGCCCUCAGAGAAAUCAACAAAUGAGGAACAAGCAGGGAAACCUCAGGAGAAGAGACCAGUUGGCAGGCCCAAGAAAAUCCACUCAGUGCCUACAACUGCCAGCACAGCAACAUUAGAGUCAGAUUCGCGAAGCAAAGGCAACACUUCCUUGGUGAGCUGGUCCGCACCCAGGAAGAGACCCCCGGUCGACUUCUUCCUCUUCAACGGGACUUCCCGUAAGACCCAGAAGAGAUUUCGAGAGCGAGACAUGGGGUUGUUUCAUCGCCCUGCCUCCCACUUGCUAAUGCCCACAACCCCCCUAAAGGGUAUCUUUGGCUCCCCUUUUGCAGUUGACUCUUUUAGUAGCAUUGCCAAUGGCUACUCCGCCUUUGGAAGUUGCGGGAACACUGGAUCGUCACGAAAUGCGAGCGCAGGAUCCUCAACCGGGACCCGAGACCCUUCUAAUUCCUCCUCAGUUGUCAGUACGACAAUGGCGGUAGGGAGCAAGAAGCCAGUUAGCGAACGGGACAGAAAACAGUUCCUGAUCAAGCUUGAUCACGAGGGGGUGACCUCACCUAAAACGAAGAACAGCAAGGCCCUACUCCGACUUGGAAAUGGAAGCAAAGGAGGUAGAACCUUGUCCUCUACGGGUACGCCACACAGAUACAUACACCCUUCCGUACUCGCGAAGGAUGGAAAGAAGACAGGAAGGGAAAACCCUGGAGCUAGACCGGAUUCUCUUAUAAAAGACAGCACCCCUUUGCAAAAAGAUCUUGUGUCAGCCAGCCAUGGUAGCCAAACAGGAGAUUACAGUUUGGACUACCACAGCGACUGCCCGAGUUCCUACUCUGAAUUGGAUGAGGACGAUGAAGAUGGUGGUCACGAAGCUAGGGCGCGAAGAAGAGGCUCAGCAUCUACGUCUCAUCGUAGCGGCCGCUUUCUCUCCAGACUCUCAGUUUGUUUCUCCUCUUCCUCAUCGUCAUCGUCUUCCUCUGGCUCCAUAUCAUCCUCAUCCCUCUGUUCCUCGGACAACGAUUCCUCCUACUCAUCAGAUGAAGAGUCCUCAUCUGUUCUUUUGCGGCGUGCUCUGCUCCAGCAGGACAAACACAAGAACAGACAGAACCUGAGCUCAGAUUCCACCAAUCCCAACCCGUCUACCACAGUCCCAGUUAAUCCUUAUGUGGCCAAGGCAGGUAUGGUCCACUCUGGAUCAAAGGUGAGACCAGAAGACAGGACAGAAUAUAUGACCAAAGGAAAUAUGUCAGCUAACAGUAGUUCAGCUAAAACCCAACUGAAGAGAAAGGAAGACGUUACGAAUAGCCACCUACAAGGUCAGAGAGGCCCUAAACCGUCCACCAAGGACCCGACAACAACUAAGAGGCAAAGGAUGUCCUCACCUGAGCCUCAAAGCAACAUAACUCCACUACUGCCUGGACGCCAGCUAUGGAAAUGGUCAGGCAACCCAACACAGAGAAGAGGUCUGAAGGGUAAAGCUCGCAAGCUAUUCUACAAGGCCAUCGUGCGCGGCAAGGAGACGGUGCGGGUCGGCGAUUGCGCGGUUUUUCUGUCGCCCGGCCGUCCCCAGCUACCUUACGUCGGCAGAGUGGAAAGCCUGUGGGAGUCAUGGAGCUCUAGCAUGGUUGUCAGGGUCAAGUGGUUCUACCACCCCGAGGAGACUCGCUUGGGGAAGCGACACUGCGACGGCAAGAACGCCUUGUACCAGUCGAGCCACGAGGACGAAAACGACGUCCAGACCAUCUCGCAUCGUUGCCAGGUGGUCAGCCGAGCCGAGUACGAUCACUUGAUCCGCGAGCACAAGUCUGGCGCCACGGCCAAUGAUCUUUUCUACCUGGCCGGCACGUACGAGCCCACCACAGGCCAACUGAUCGGCGCUGACGGCAUGGCUAUCGUUUCAUAGCAUCCGCAGCUAGACUGACCAAAGCUAUCGAGCUGACUGCUUCCAUGACGGACCGUCAUGAGGCAACUGGAUAUAUCCCAGUGGGAUAAUCCACUCCAGUACCGGGCACUUAAAGGAGUCUGGUUAGUUCUUGGGAAUCCACGUCAGAGACUACUUCCUGUAAACUGGAGCAUCAGGAGGCUUCAGUCACUGAAUAUCCUGCAACAAAAGAACAGGAACCAAGGACAUGAGCACUUUGGAGUUCGGAAACUCAGCCGACUACUUUCUGAGACAAAGACAGAGUCGGAGAGCAAGAGAGGAAGGACUGACUGGUCUGAAAAGUCUGAUUAUGCUUUUCCGAGAUCCCAAACGGGACCACAAAAUGAAAAUGUCAUCAUUUUGGGCUGGGCCAAAUGAUGCCAUGUCUUGAACACAUAAAAAUGUUUCCCUCCUGUCAAGCCAUACACAUCAAUACCUCUCUCGCAUCCUUAUAUUCAGGUGCAAAGACACGUGUACAGGUAGUCGGAUUGCUUUUUUGGAAUGUGUGCGUGUUUGGUAGAGUGACUGGCUUCACAUGUAAGUAUGAAAAUGUAAAUACUACACAUAGAUAUUUGUCCGUGUUUUUAUAUUUCUUUGCAGAAAUUAUUUUGAUUUUGAUUUUAAAGGCUGUAUGCAUGGGGGAGGAGGUUGAAUUAAGUUUCUUUGAAUGCACUGAACAUGAUCACAGAUGAGGUCAAAAUGCACGCCUGGUGUGGUUGUAAGCCCUGCUUCAGGGGUUAAUAUGUACAAAUAACAUGUCUGAAUUGUCAUUUUUGAAUUUCCUGUUGGAAAAGUCCUGGAAAAGAAACCAAGUUUCGACUUUUCACCGAUCCAGAAAAGAAUCCAGUCGUUCAGUUAUAACUUGUAUUUCUAGCAAAUGUAAAUAUAUAUCUGGCGUCUUAAAGAAAUAUACCAAAGCACCUGUGAGUUUACACUUCCAUCACAUUACAAGAUAAUUUUAUGAUUUGAAAAAAAAAAAAAGAUGAUCAAUCAAAUCUAAAUCCGGGACCCCUGCAAUUACAGAGGUAUUUGAAGUAGAGUUCCCCUCGUCACGCGUCCUCUCAUGUUCAUCCAGCGUUGCUAUGACAGCCUCGGAGAGAUGUCGCAGCGACAUUGUCUGCACACUGCCCAGCUGAUGCACUUGAGGUCUCUAUGACAACCAGAAUGGCAUCACGUGACUGUGAAGGACAAUCAGCGCCAAUCAAUUGGACAAUGUUGAGAGACAUAAAAAAAAAAGGAUCAAAUCGCAAAUGAUGCUUCUUGUCACUUUUAUUAAUGCUUUGCCAAAAAAAAAAAAAAAAAAUGUGUGCGUGCGCUUGUUUUUUUAGUUCACCAUGGUCUUACUGUUUAUGCAAGUCUGUGAUGACUGUUGUAUAGGAUGUACAGGGGGAGAACACAAAUGCCUUUUUCUUUGUAGGGCUUUGACUGACUUUUGACAACUAUGUUGACAAACACUGUUUUCAGAUGUGAAACUCUUUUGUAAAAAAAUACAAAAAAAAAAGUUGAUAAACACUGGAUUCACUUCUGAUCAUCCCAUUUCAACGGAAGCGACGUGUUUUUUUUUCUUCUUCUCCCACUGGAACCUGCUUUGUAUGGUUGAGAUGGAAAAUGUAUUAUUUCACUCAUUGUUAUGGAGGUAUUUCUUACAUAUUUCCAUAUGUACUAAAAGAAAGAAUAUUUAUCUUAAUUUUAUUGCCUUUUUGUGUUUGAUUAAAAAAAUUCUUAU